AUGUUUUCCGUAGUAAAGUUUGUUUUGGUGAACAUCGUCAUAACUGCUGCUGUCUCUUCUCGUGAUUGUCCCCACGGGCACUUCAGAGUUCCCCGCAUGGCGGAAUGCCACCGGUGGCUGACCUGCGAGGACCUGCUGCAAAUCACAGUCCUCGAGGUGAUCGGGCAGGGGGCCGUGAAGAGAGUGCACCGGGCGAGGUGGCGUGGCGACGUCGAGGUCGCCGUCUCGUUCCUCAACAGCGUGGACCUGGCGGAGGACUUCCGCCACAACCGGGAGAUGCUGGAGCUGUUUGGCUGCAGUCCUCUCGUGGUGCAGCUGGUGGGGUUCUGCGCGGAGGAGGGCGUGCUGGUGACGCAGUAUCACAGACUCGGCGACGCCGCAGACCUGGCCAAGGUUCUACCCGAGGGCCGCCGGGACGAGAGGUCCGCGCUGCGCCUCUGCCACAACUAUGCCUCGCUCAUCAGCCACCUUCACUCGGGACCGGGCGGGCCCCGCGUCAUGUGUGACUCCGCAGACCUCGGCAAGCUGCUCGGCCAGUUGCUGGUCACGGACGACCGCACCUUGGUGCUCAACGACCUGGAUGCUCUCCCGCUUGUGCGGCCCGGCGAAGCCGUCAAGUGCGGCCGCCGCGAGCUCUCGGGGGACUUCGUGGCGCCGGAGCAGCGAUGGCCUCACCCGGGACCGUUCAGGGAUGAGAGCAUGCCCGGGUACGGUGUGGAGACGGACAUCUGGAAGCUGGCCACGGUGUGCGAGGCCUUCCUGCAGUACGUCCCGGGCAGCGAGGCGUCCCUCUACAGCCUGUAUGCUCUGCACCGGCGGUGCAAGAGUCCCUCCCCUGCGUCGCGGCCGGCCGCGAGCGAGCUGGUGGAGGCAUACGGCCGACUAUUGGCUGACGGCCACGACGAGCUGUGACUCCUCCCAGGUACUCAACCUCAGUCUUUGGAAAACUCACCAAAAAGUGUAGAACAAUUUUUUAAAUAGUGUGGAAAUGCAUCAUAUAUAAGGCAAAAUAUAGCAGGACAGUUAAUUUUUACUUCUUUUGACUUUUUAAUUAAAUUAUAUUAUUGCUCUAAAAUGUUGUUUUUGAGUUUUUUUUUAUCAUAGUGCAUAUUGAUACUAUUCUGGUUUUACAAGAAAAUAAUUAUAUUUUUGGAGGAUACUAGCUUGUUUUUUAGCGACUUGCGAUUAAGGAGUGAGAUGGAUUUAGUAGAUUCAGUGGGGUUCUUUACCGUAAUUUUUGAAAAAAAAAUAAAAAUUUUCAAUUGGUGUUAGUAGUUCUGUGUUUAUUGAUGGGCAGUAGUUUUGUCAUAUUGACAUUGGAACCUUUGCAGCUAAUUUUAAAAAAUUUAAAAGUUUUUAAUGCAUAAGUACAAGCUAACUUAAAAGUAUAAACUUGUAAAGUAGAUGAAAAAUGUUUUGGAAUCAGAACAUUUUUUUGAUGGAUUUCUCUAGCUUAAGGUUUGAAUUAGGCCUUAGCUGAGUCGUACCUGAUCUGUAACAGAAUUACUACAGUCUUAAAACAGUUUGUGGAGAGCUUCUGAAAUUGCAACAGAACAGACCGGGAGUGAUGUUUGUUAUCAGCUCGGAUGUGGAGAGAGGAGGUCAUCCUGUGGAAUGUCCGAGGAGUACCGUUUGCAGUGGUUGCUAUCAGCGUUUCUGUGGUUUUAAGAUAGGAUAUUUUUUUCUUAUUCCAAACAACAGAGCAGAAGGUCUCUCCUAUUAGAACACCAGAAUUCUCUCGUUCUCUGCAUGAAAAAUGAUUGCCAUGAAGAAUUCUCUGUUGCCUCUGAUUUUGUGUGUGUCCGUCGUGUUGGUGGGCGUGGAGGUGCAGGGGCAGGCAGCCAACUGCAACUGUCGCCACACGGGCAUCUACAACCCCGUGUGUGGCACGGACAACGUCACCUACACCAACCGCCAGCAUCUGGAGUGCACGCGUGCGUGCGGAAAAGAUGUCCGAGUUAAGUACUACAGUGCAUGCAUAGCAAGUGUGAGAAACUAGCUGUUGGAAAGAGUUGCAAAUAGUCACACUUUGUAAUUUAAUUUGUGAGAAAUUUUUGUUUCUGUUAAUUUAAACUUUUUUUUUGCAGCAUUAGUUUUGCAGUAGGUAGUCUUGAAGUAAUAAAAAUGUUUGGGAAGUUGUGAA